CUAUUUCCACCUAUGCCCUUUAGAAACCCUAAUACAUAUUGGACUUUUUUGUGAAAAUUUCUUCAUUCCUCACGCAGCUCUAUCAUAUUCUAUCCAAGCUCAACUACUCCAACUUGGGUAGUGCAAUGUCCGACUCUAAGCGUCCGAAGACCACUGGGGAUGAUAACCAGGGUGAUGCAAGGGUGAAUGCAUAUCUUAACCGAUACCGAAAGGCUAAGGGCGACCGAACUCGUAGAAGUUGGACUGAUCGGGAAGAGGAAAUCCUCGUGACUGCAAUGAGGGACCUGUCAGCAAGUGGCUGGAAGACCGAUAAUGGAUUCCGGUCUGGAUUUACUGGAAGGCUCCAUGAUGCUAUUAAGCAAAGGUUUCCAAACACUGACAUCAAGAUCUGCCCUCAUAUCAAUUCCAAAAUCAGUGCUUGGAAGAAAACGUACUCUUCAUUGGUUGGUAUUCUUGCCCGGAGUGGCGUUGGAUUCAACACAAACAAUGACUGCAAGAUAGACUGUGAUGACGAUCAAUGGGAGCAGAUCGUGAAGUGUGACCCGAAUGCGAAGUUCAUGAGGGGCAAGAGUUGGCCAUACUUGGAGCAUUGGCAAAUCAUUUUCGGUAAGGAUAGAGCUACUGGCGCAUUCACUGAGGACUUGAUGGAGGCUGUGAACAGUCUCUACACUCAGGGCAGCUUGCAUUCCCCAGGUGGAUCUUAUGGUCAGUCCAUCAGCCUAGCUGAUGACAUAUCUCAUGUGCCUUCGCUUGGAACUGUGCCUCCGGAUGGAACCGUGCCUCCGGCUGGAACCCCCCCUAUGGAAGGUGUAGCUGAUAGCACUGGGCAGAGUACUGGUCACAAAGGCACGUCAGAUGGUGGUGCGAAGAAACGGAAGAGUGACAAGAAUGACACAAGCGUAGACGGACUGAUUGAGAUGCUCGGGAAGAUGAAUCACGACACCAAUGCCCGGCUGGAUUGUCUUUCCAAACGGAUAGGCUAUGAGUUCGAUUUGAGUAAGGCACGGAAGGAUGUAUAUGUGGAACUGGGCCGCAUACCUGGGCUGUCGCGGGUACAGAAGUUUGAUGUCGGGGAAAUCAUCCUUGAGAAGGUAGAGCGCCUUGACUUCUUCCUUGGAAUGCCGGAUGAGGACCGUCUAGCUUAUGUUGUGCAUGCGCUCGCCAAGUAUGGGUAGUGAAGUGUCCGGGCAACAAAUAUUUUUGAGGGAUAUGCCAAUACAUGAUUCCCUUCUUUUGACUGAUUAACUAUUUGGAGCAUAUGUUGGUCAUUUAUCAUAGUUGCUUGUGAAGCAAACUUAAAACCUUGAACUGCCUUCUUUUGACAUCCUAACUAUUUGGACCAUAUGUUGGGCAUUAGUGUAGGUAAGCAAUGGAUGUAUUUUGGUAUUGGUAAUCCCUACUUCAUGCGCCAUAUUAUGAAUAUUAAGCUGUAAUUGUUGACACUAGUGUAUCAGGUUGCUAAAUUAUGAUGCUGCUGAAGCAAUCAUUUGUUUA